AUGUCGAACCUUACAAAACUUGAGUUUGUGGCUCUUGACAUUACUGGGAAGAAUUACUUAUCUUGGGUACUAGAUGCGGAAAUUCACUUAAAUGCCAAUGGUCUGGGAGACACAAUUAAGGCAGAAAAUAAGGCAUCUAGUCAAGAAAAGGCUAAAGCUAUGAUCUUUUUACGCCAUCAUUUACAUGAAGGACUAAAAAUGGAAUAUUUGACCAUUAAAGACCCACUCGUACUUUGGAAUAAUUUGAAAGAAAGGUAUGACCACCAGAAAACUGUCAUUCUCCCAAAAGCUCGAUAUGAAUGGAUGCACUUGUGCCUACAAGAUUUUAAAUCUGUUAGUGAGUAUAAUUCUGCGAUAUUUAGAAUCAAUUCUCAACUGAAAUUAUGUAGAGAAAAAGUCACUGAUGAAGACAUGUUGGAGAAAACAUUCUCCACAUUUCAUGCAUCCAAUGUGCUCCUGCAGCAGCAAUACCGUGAAAAAGGCUUCAAAAAGUAUUCUGAACUAAUUUCUUGCCUUCUUGUAGCUGAGCAAAAUAAUGAGCUUCUAAUGAAAAAUCAUGAAUCCCGUCCAACCGGCUCCACUCCAUUCCCGGAAGCGAAUGUAGUAGUAAAUGGACCAACACGUGGUCGUGGAUGA